AUGACUGAAGUUAUGAACCCCGUACCAACGCCCGCGCCUGAACCGAAGCCGAUAGAAGCUCAGCAGCCACAAUAUACAUUCAAGUUCAGCGAGUUUCUUCGGCGCGAGUAUCGCUUUGGCCUCAGUCCCGACCGUCCAGUAUGCAAGGCGUAUCUUCAGGGCCACUGUCCCGAUGGGAACAGGUGUCCAAACAAACACAACGUCUCGUCAUCCUACAACAAUCUCGUAUGCAAACAUUGGCUGCGCGGCUUGUGUAAAAAGGGCGAAACAUGCGAGUUCCUUCACGAGUACAACCUACGACGAAUGCCCGAGUGCUCCUACUACGCUCGAACCCAGACAUGCUCCAACGGCGACGAUUGUCUCUACCUCCACAUCGACCCCGAAGCCAAGCGCCCAUCCUGCCCACAUUACGACCGAGGCUUCUGUCCACUAGGGCCAUACUGCGCACUCAAACACAACAAGAAGGAGAAGCUGUGUCCCUUCUACCUCUGCGGAUUCUGUCCCGAAGGAAAGGGCUGCAAGUACGGCGCACACCCACGGUUCCCCACUGAACUCAAGAAGCCCGAGGUGCGCGUGGAGAAGAGCCCUGAGGAGCUUGAGGCAGAGCGGAUAGAGCGCGAGCGCGAGAUGAUGAGGAGAGAAGAAGAAGACCGCGAGCGCGACGAGAGGAACGGCCAUCAAGGCGGUCGCGGUUUUAGGGGCAACUGGGAUCGUAAGAAGCGCGGGGGCCGGAGGGGAAGGGGUGGAAGGGGACGUGGGGAAUACUGA